AUGAGGGCUGCGACCCUCACCAUCCUCGACAGCGUCUUCAAUAAUGUGCCUAAAGGCCGCAACUCCCUGGUCUCCGUCCGCGCAGCCCUCGACAAGAAGGAUGGAAGCGGUACGAUGGGAGGCAAGAUCGGUUGGAUCCAGACCUGGAACAACAACCAAGACAAGCUGGGGGAGGAUGACGAUGCCGACUGUAUUGCGUAUGUUACUAUUACCUGGGUUGGAGGCGAGAGAUAUGCCUGGCUGGGUGAUUUUGGCCGGGUGUGUGGAUUACCUUGGUAUCCAAGCAACGUCUAUGUCGACAACGGAAAGCGCAUUCACUUCCCAACCUUUGCCCACGAGCCCAACAAACCAUACUCGAAGAACCCAAAGAGCUACUGCGGCAUCCAAGGCUUCCUGGGAUACCGAGACCUUCAAAUGCGACGACCUGUGCCUGUGCCGAACAACCGCAAGAAAGCUAUCGGCCCUCAACGUCGAUACACAUCUGGCACGCGAGUAGUCGUAACUAAGGAAGCUGGAUAUAACACGACGGAGCUUUGCACGUCUGAAACCUCCUGGGAUCCUGACUUUGUCUCCCUUGAUGAAGGCCUCUACUGUGACAUGGAUAGCCGCGAGCUGUGGCCAGUUUGUGAUGAAGACAAGGAUGCUGUUCCAUGCUUUGAUGCCGAGGCUAUGAAGGUUGAGUGCGGGGACAAAGUAGAAAGGGAUGCGAUUCCUCAGCAGAAGGAGUUUACUGACAUCAUUCAGUGGUAG